AAUCAUAUUUUCGCACAUUAACUACAUGCAGCAACCCGCCCACCUCGCACCCCCCCGGAUAUUUUAUUCUUUGCCUAUAUGUAUGUAUGAAUGUAUGAAUACAUGUCUCAGUCAUAUCAACCUGCCGCCCACAGCAAUACUGCGAAGUUAACGGAAAGAGAAUGUUGUUUAAAGUGCUAUUAUGCUUCUGUCUUCUUCAUGUAAUCGUGUCUGCAAAGCAGUCAGGUUAGCAUCUUUGUUUUUUCCAUCUUUUUAUACUUUUGGCGAUAUUUUAGAUGGUUUUGCCAAAAAGGCGCGCAGAAAAUGUUUGCUUGGACUAAAGAAUGUGUUUCUCAAGUUUUUUGUGGGUUUGCAUGAGAAUCAAUAUGAUUUACGCAGUGAUUAUUCGUCCGAAGUAUUUUCGUCGUUAUAGUUAAUUGCACGUUCUGAAAUGAUACAAAUAACUUAAUUUCAGUCGAUUUCAAGGCAUUCCUCCGUAGUCAAGUGGUUGCAUGAGACCACUGUUAAUACAUGGAAGACGCCCAGUCCGGCUCAGUAUAGCCGGCAAACUUCAAAGGGUCUCUGAAAUGACGAGAACCGUUAGAAUAAACGUUAGAUGGUCGGAUGAUAUUAAUAUAAUACAGCUAUUUCAAUUAACUAAGGUUGUCCCCGAGCAAAGCGGAAAAGACGAAUAUGGGCGCGAAAGGUUUGCUGCAUGGGAAUCGCUAAAAAAUUAAUGAAUUUUUUAACGAUUCCCAGCAAGCCUUUCGCGCUCGUAUUCGACUUUUCCGCUUUGCUCGGGGACAACCUUAAUUGAAAUAGCUGUAUAUUAAGGAGUAAUAUUAUAGUAUAGGAAAACAAUAGGUGAUAUUUAAACCUUAAUCGAUUUGUAAACCUUUUUCGUUAGGUGAAAGUAUACAUUUUGAUAAUGAGAUUUCCAAUGUGUUAUGGAUAUUAAUCCGACACAAUAUCAAGCCGGUCUUUUCUAUGACAAGUUUUCUGCACAUGACAAGUUUUGGUCGUCUGUGUAGGCAAUUUUUAACUUUUACUAUAUGUCUAUGACAAGUGGACUGAAAAGCUAGAAUGCUAUAGGUUUUGAAUAUGUGCACUUGUCAUAAGAAAAAUUAGCAAAGUACAAAUGUAAAUGUUAUCAGAAAAUGCUUCUGUCGGACGAGUAGCGUCUGAAUAUUAGGAUCUGCAUGGUAUCGGACGAAUAUCCAACACCGAAUGGCGUUUCUUGCGGGCUAAAUCUUACUGGAUAUCCAUAGAAACCUUAGUUAUCAAAAUGUAUACUUUCACCUGACGAAAAAGGUUUACAAAUCGAGUAAGGUUUACAAAAUACUCUAUAGUAUAUCAUGUUUGUUUUCCUAUAAAUUAUCAUGCAUGCAAGCAUUCUUAACAUGUUUUGCGCAAUUCUUUAGGGUAUUGGAAAAAACUUGCCUCUAACCUUUGUGUUGGAGCCAGGGAAAACCAUUAUAAAGAGAUCAGAUACAAUGGACCGAACAGAUUCAUUAUUGCCAUGAAAUUGGUGCACAAGAAAGGCAAGAUUGGAUGCGCUAGGGGGCGCUAUACACGUUGGGGAUGCGACAAUGGAUUGCAUCCUACAAAUAUCAUUGUCACAGGUAUAAACAAGACUUUACUUUAUUUAAAGUGGACAAAUAUCAAGAUUUUGUUGGCAUCUCACUCGAUUGAAUAAUAAUAGUUGUAUUUUAUACAAAAUCCUUCAACUAUUAUUCAAUCGAGGGAGAUGCCAACAAUGAUAUUUACCAUGCAUAUUUUAACAUGGCAGUACCCUAGUAAUAUAUAUUAAGAACUUGUGGUUAGAGCUCGACAACUGGACUCUGUAGCUCAGUGCAUGGUUAGAGCACUGCACCGGAAUAGCAGGGUCGAUUUCUGACAGAGGACGUAGUUGCAUUUAUCGCAGCUGUUCCUGGUUACGUCCAACAAAUGUAUAUAAAUUUACACGCGAUAAUAUCCAUCUACAAAUCUCUUAAACUAUAUUACAAAUUCUAUCAGUUCAAAACUGUUCUCCCUUGAGAUCCAGUUCGUGUCAUCUCUUUAUAUUGCUACACUAUUACUACAAAACGAAACCUAAACUACGCUAACUUUAUUUAUACUGCAUCCAGUGUAAUCGUGUUUCCCGUAGAUCAGUAGGUCCCAUAUAUCAUUGGCAUGCAACUGCAGAAGGAUUUUAGGAAACCGGCGUAACCGGAAAGAAAGUUUCGGUGGUGCAUGACAAAAGGUCCACCCCCUAGAAAAUCUGCACUCCCGUGAUACCUCGUGAGAUGAGUCGAAGUGAUCAUUUUAUCUGAUUGAAUUUUGAUUAUUUAGAUACAAGAAACCAACGCAUGUACCCAUCUCCAACUCUGAUAAACACUCGUAAAGGUGGAUGGUACGAUCUGCCUGGCUACGGGCCAGAUUCCCCACAGCUCGUGUUCUCUAACCCAGGGUUUGGCUACCUGUACAAAGGCCAGAAGAUGAGAAUCUGGUAUGGGGAAGAUUUGCUCAACUUCACAGAAGGAGAUAAUCAUGGAUACACAUGCAUGGAUAUUUAUGUUUAUAUUCCAAAUUUUUAAUAAUUUGGUCUAGAACUGCUCCGUGGAUCACAUGGAAACGACCGCUUGAAAAGGACCUUGUCUUUUUACUUAAUACAUAUACGUAGUUGCUUAAAUGAGCUGUAGACGUAGUUGUUUUUUGUAUCUAUAAUAAUCGCUUAGUUAGUAAUAUUUAACAUGUUUUCUCUUGAAGAAAACAUCAGCUUUAGCCUUUACAUGCAGUUUCUAUGGUAUUAUAUAACCGUUCUGUUAGCUGAAAAACCUCUGCUUUAGUUUAAAAUUAAUAUUUUUUCUUGAAAAAACAUCAGCUUUGAUUGGUUUCAAUAUAAUGAUAACGUAGUUUUGUUUGAUAAAUAAAGAUAGCGGCACUUGCAUGCAUUUUUUUCUUACUUAUGUCUGUGGCCUUAACUGAUAUUAAAAUAAAUUAGAAUUUUAGAAUAAAUGAGGUUAUGGCUUAACUAGCCUCGG